AUGAAUCUUAAUGGUCUUGUGUUGGAAAAUGUGAAGGAGAGCUACUAUUAUAAGAACCACCUGGUAGAAAUCGACAGUGCUCAACAGUUACUUGACGAAGUUUUCUAUAAGGUGAAACAUCUCGAACCGUGGGAAAAAGGAACUCGAAAAGUUCAAGGAAUGACAGGAAUGUGUGGAGGAGUAAGCCUUAUCCUAGUACGCGGCGUUGGAGCUGGUGGUGUAGUUAGCUCCGCCUUUUGUCUGCUGUAUAGGUUUUUCAAAGUACGACUAACGCGGAAGCAAUUAAUCUCUAUGAUCAAUAGCAGGGAUGACGAAGAAGAGAUUGACCCGAGAUCCGGAGGAGGUGAUGUUAUGACGUUCGGACAAGUCGUUCGGAUAAUGCUUACGAAGCUUGAUUGGUAUGGCACCUUAUUUCCUCGUAUUCCUGUUCCUAUUCAGAAAGAAAUAGACGAGAAAUUUGCUGAACGCAAACGUGCAAUUUUGUUCGGUGAAGGUCGCUUGGAGCCACGAGUUAGAGAUCGUAACGAAGAUCGUACUCUCCGCCGGCGAUCUCGAUCGCGUGAUAGAAAACGUCAUAUUAGCGCUGAACGAAAGCACGAUGAAAAACGCAUACGUCCUACACGAUGUGGACAUCAUUUACGUCACCAUCAUUGCACAAAACACCGAAAGAAGUGUCCUGAGAAGGCGAAACGGGCUUCUAUGGAAUCGGAAGGACGUGCAGGAAACCACUCUCAAAAUAUUGCAGUUAACGAAGGGCCAGCGGAAAACUCAGAAAACACCACACCAGUAGUGUAA